CUUGAACCGGAAACUCAGGAAAGAGUCAUGCAAACAAUACGCGAAGACUCAAAUACAGACUAUGACAAACUCUUUCUAGGAUAUAGGUUACCUGAGAUGGGCGACCAGAGCCAAAAGGCAAAAAGGACAUGGGAAAUUUGCAACAUACUAGAUGAACAUAAUGCAAAGAUGCAACAACUUCAAGCAGAGGGCAAUGAAGGAAAAAGAAGAGUUAAAAACUCAGUCAGGAAGAAAGUAAAGCUUGGUCGGAGUGGGUUCUAUUAUGACAUAUAA